AUGUUCCCCAAACUCCUCACCAUCCUCCCUGCCACCAGCCAACAAGGCCUCUCCAUCAUCUCCGCCAUAACGCACCACCCAACCCUCCAUAGCUUAUACACCCUCCGCGCCCUAGUCCGCAAUCCAUCCUCUUCCACAGCUCAAUCCCUCACCGCGCAAGGCAUCAAAGUCCUCCCCGCGGACCUCAACGACCCUCGCACCCUCAUCCCAGCCCUAACCAACACGCACACCCUAAUCCUCAUAACCCAAACGGACUACUCAGCCCCGGACCUCAAACACCAAGAACUCACCCAAGUCCAGAACAUCAUUUCCGCAUGUCUCGCCACUACCAAUACCAUCAAACACAUCAUCUUCAGCAGCGCUGCGCCCGCCCAUCCGCACGGGCGGAAAGUGGAUGUCUUCGACUCGAAGGUCGCGGCUGAGGAGGCAUUGCGUACACUGACUUUAUCCCAUGACGUAGUAGUGUCAGUGUUCUAUCCCGGGAUGUUCAUGCAGAAUUUCGAGACAUUCAUGAGGCCUGUUCCUGAUCCCGAGGGACAGGGGGACUUGGUUUUGUAUAAUGUCAUUGAUGGGGAGAAGAAGAUACCUUUGAUUGAUACGGUGAGGGAUCUGGGAAAGUUUGUGGUUCCGAUUCUGAUGAGGGAUACUGAAAGGGUUUAUGCUGCUAAUGGGGUUUGGUCGUUUGAGGAGGUGGUGGAGGUUAUAGCGAGGGUGACGGGGAAGAGGAUGAGGUAUUUGAGGAUGGAAGAGGAGGUGUAUGCGGGUUUCAUGCCGGGACAGAUGGGGAGGCAGGUGGUGGAUAUGUUGAGUUUCUAUGGGGAGGUUGGGUAUUAUGGGGGAGAUGAGGAGGGGAAGGUUAGGGAGACGCUGGGGUUGGUAGAGGGGAGUAGGGGGUUUGAGGAGUUUGCGAAGGAGAAAUUGCUCAAGUUGGAGUAA